GGGAGUCUGAUCUGCUGUUGAGCUGUUGUUUGUGUGUCUGUAUUGCUGUAGACAGUGAAAUGGCUGAAGCCAGUGUUUUUUCAGUGGAGCAGUUCAGCUGUCCAGUGUGUCUGGAUCUCCUGAAGGAUCCAGUGACUAUACAUUGUGGACACAGUUACUGUAUGAGCUGCAUUACAGACUGCUGGGAUCAAGAGGAUCAGAAGAGAGUCUACAGCUGCCCUCAGUGCAGACAGACCUUCAGUCCAAGACCUGCUUUAGCUAAAAACACCAUGCUAGCUGAAGUGGUGGAGAAACUGAAGAAGACCAAACUAAAAGCUGCUGUUCCUGCUGGACCUGGAGACGUGGAGUGUGACAUCUGUACUGGAAGAAAACACAAAGCUGUCAAGUCCUGUCUGGUGUGUCUGGAGUCUUACUGUCAAACUCACUUUGAGCGUCAUGAAGAGUUUCGCUCAGGAAAGAGACACAAAGUGACUGAUGCCACUGGACGACUGCAGCAGAUGAUCUGCCAUCAACAUGAUAUGCCUCUAUUGGUUUUCUGUCGUACUGACCAGCAAUGUGUUUGCAUGCUGUGUGCAAUGGAUGAACAUAAAAACCAUGAGACUGUAUCAACUGCAGCAGAGAGGACAGAGAAAGAGAAACACUUGAAGGAGACACAGAGUGAAAUCCAGCAGAGAAUCCAGCAGAGACAGAAAGAUCUUGAGCAGCUGAGAGAGGCUGUGGAGUCUCAUAAGCGCUCUGCACAGACAGCAGUGGAGGACAGUGAGAGGAUCUUUACUGAGCUCAUCCGCUCCAUUGAGAGAAGCCGCUCUGAGGUGACACAGCGGAUCAGAGAUCAGGAAAAGACUGCAGUGAGUCGAGCUGAAGGACAAAUGGAGCGACUGGAGCAGGAGAUUGAAGAUCUGAAGAAGAGAAACUCUGAGCUGGAGCAGCUUUCACACACAGACGAUCACAUACAUUUCCUCCAGGUAACAGAGAUCUAGGAAAAGAAAAAAAAACACUAGACUUUAGCAAGAUCUGCUGUUACAGGGACUAAAUGCACUGAGCCUUUAAUAAACUGACAUUUAUUAUUUGAUCCACACUAAUUGAAUAAGCAUCAUUCUGCUAAUGGGAAUGAUGUCAGAAAUGUUUUCUAGUGAUGUUGUGGUUUUUACUAUAACACUGGUUUCACUCAGGUACACUGCAGCAGUUAGGAAACAUGUUGAAACGGUAAUAAUAGAGACCAUUAUGCAUUAUAUGACUGUUUUAUUUGCCCAAUAAAUCAUUAGAAUCAUAAUCUUAAUUAUGUUUAACCCUCUAAUAAUAAUAAUACCUUUUAUUUAUAGGCGCCUUUCAGGACACUGUACAAAGUAAAACAAAUCAAUAAAAAACAUACAAGAAGCAAACACUAUAACAACACACUAAACAAGCAGAUUAUUAAAAGCUAUUCUAAACAAAUACAUUUUGAUCUGAGCUUUAAAAUGGGAAACUGAAUCCAGCUGGCGAAUGUGCAAAGGUCAAGAGUUCCAUAACUUCGGUGCUGCACAACUAAAAGCCCUACCACCAAAGGAACUCCUCUUGAAGUUUGGAACAGACAAUAAGUCUGCAGAAGAUGAUCUCAAAGAGCGCAAAGGAGUAUACAAAUGAAGACGAUCAGAAAGAUAAUUAGGUCCCAAAUUGUGAAGAGCUUUGUAUGCAAGAAGUAAGAUUUUGUAAUGUACACGAUAAUGAUCAGGAAGCCAAUGCAGCUGGAAAAAGAAUUGGAGAUAUAUGAUCAAAAGUACGUG